CGCAUUAACGCUUGAACAAAACAUCAGUCUACUAUUGUGCGAUUGCAGUUUCAAAGUGCUGAUGGUUCACUAACAGAGCUAGAUUACUUCAGCGUUUGUAACUAGCAGACAAUCAUUUCGAGAUGGAUCUGCCGAAUUUAAUUAGUUUUAUGAUAAUAGGCUUAUUUUGUGCUGGCAUUUGUGCUCGACCAGGUCAGUUAAAGGAAGAAAAAUAUGAAUUUCAAGAGUUCUACUCAAGUUCUUCGCAAGGUGAUUUGGAAAGCUCGUCCCAUAAUGCAAGACUCCAGGUUGCUCCGAUACAAUAUGAAGUUGUUACCUGGUCCCAGCAACAUCCCAAUGAAGUGAGCGCAUUUGCUGAAAUGUUUCGUCAAAACUACAAUAGGAUGGUCUUUCAACACAAUGAAAUGAUGCAGCUACAUCAGCAAACUAUGGCUAAUAUUUUUACACCAGUAACUUACGAACUCUAUCAUGUUCCUGUCGGAUACACAUGGGACAGCUACUUUGGGAAUACAUUGCCAUUCGUUUACUAUGAGACGGAAAGAAUGUCCCGUCAGUUGAUCGAGGACUUAGAACAAGGUCGUCGAUCACAAGAAGAGCUACUAAAUCCGAAUUUCUUUAUCGAACAAGCGGCAAAUGAACUAAACAUGGUUCAUCAAUCGCAUCAACAAAUCGAUUCUUCUAAUGGCGUUCAUAAUUUUGAUUCUUCACAAGGCAUUCAUAAUUUUGAUAAUUCAUAUCAACGACCAGAACAAGCCUUUCUUAUUGAACAAGAAACUAAUCAACAGGAUUUCCUCAGUUUUGGGGAUUCUUUCACCAAAGAUGAACAAGUUAGCUCAACUACUAAACGCCCUUCAUAUGUCCAAAGCCUACCCCCAGUAAGGUUCGACAAUGAAAAAGUGAAAACAAAUCAUCAGCAAAUCGAACAAAUCGAAGUUCAUACGCCGAUUUCAGUGGAACUUUCACGACAAGUUCAACAAACAGUUACUCCGACGAAUCAGCCAUCGCAGGUCCACAAUGAUGAAUUUUACGGCAGCACGUUCGAUCAACAACCCAAAUUUGAUUUGCAGUUCGUUGAGAGUCAAUCCAGUUCUGUAACGUCAUCCAGAGAUCAUGUUAUGUCACUAGUAAGGAAUAGGUCCAAAGUCAAAGAUAUAUCAACAAACCCAACGACAACAACUAUUGCGACUACAACCACUACAACGCCACUACCAACAACUACCAGUGGCAUUAUGUCUAUGCUUCCAAACAAACAGCCUGCAAGGAACUAUACCGAUUUGUACCAGCAAGUUCGAGCGGAAUUGGAAAAACACCAGAAACAGGAGUCCGAUAACAAAACCGAAGAAACGCAUUUCAUGGGUAUGACAAGCAACACUGAUCAUGUUAAGCUGACCUACGAAACUGUGAACCAUCGAAAGAACGAGAAGGAAUCUCGUGGAGAUCAGGGAAUUACUACCGACGACUACGUCUACGAAGACACGAGCGAACCAGAAUCAAUAAUAGGACACAACCCAACGACAACUGAGCCUGCUUCAUUGCCAAGAACAUCUAAGAUUCCAAUACAUACGAAUCCAUUCUACUCAGCUGCUCUAGCUCCAUUUCCAACUACGACUACAUUAAAACCAUCGAACCCUUACUAUUCAGCGCCAUUGGCUCCAUUUCCGGGGGAAAUGUUCCGUGAAUCAAGCGAAAAUCAACAACUGCAAUAUGCAGAAUAUUCUGAGGUCCUGGACAUGAACCAAGAAGUUCAAACUAUAGAACAUCAUUAUGGUGGUCACGUUGUAGAAGCUGACACAAUUCAAGAUAUGAAUAACCAUGAGGAGUUCAAUCAAGAUCAAUUUCAAAUUCACCAGGGAUAUGAUGAUAUGCAACAAUAUGAAGAUCUUCAGCAGCGCUAUACAGAUAUUGGUGGCUCAGUGGACAUUGGCCAAGCUUCACAGCAUCCAGUGGAACAAAAACUCGAGAAACAAUCACCACCUGAACAGGCCUAUCGCAAUCCGGAUUUGCAACAUACGUCUGUCAAAAACGUCCAUCAGGAGGAUGGAGUACCAGCUCAUGUUCAGGAAGUCACCGUUACUCCAAUAUCGGUAGAUAUCCCCAGCCAGAAGAAAAAUUGGUUCCAGCGUCAAUUUGAUAAGAUGAAAAAUGUUCUACAUGUUUAAGUCGAACAGAUAAAAAGAUAAAAAAAUAUCUAAUAAAGAUUAAAACAAAGAACCUACUUACCAUAAAA